CUCAUCAGUGUCCGGCUGGCUGGGCAGAGAGUGAGAUGGAUAAAAAUGGUAACUGGUAAGAGAGAGAGAGAGGAGUGCUUGUGAGGAGGGCAAGUUGGGAGCCAAAACUGCGACGGGGCGAUUUGAUCGUCGCUUUGAUCGCGCGCAUGAAAGCAUAGGUCGCAAGUUUGAUCGUCGUCGAACAGCGCGCACUUCGGCGAGCGCGGCGAGCGGCAGCUUCUCUUUCUGGCGCUGAAUGUUUGUUGUCCUCGGUUUCUGGGAUUUCUGGCGAUUGGUCUUAGUGACGGCCGUUCUCGACGAUCUGGAAUUUAGUCGUUCGCGGAGAGUGUCAUCCGCCGACGUGGGAUCUUGAAUUCACGCAGAUAUGGCUUCCGGAAGUGCACGCAAGGCUGGAGCCCGACUCACCAACCUGCUCUAUGGCUCCAUAAAUUCUUCAACUCCUGCUACCGCAGCAUCAUGGACUCAAACCGGUCUCGCCGCCGGGGAAUUGGCACCUUUUGGUGCGCGUAUGGCAUCCAAUCAGAUUGUGAGAAAUAGGAUGAAAUCUGUGAAGUCCAUUCAGAAGAUUACUAAGGCUAUGAAGAUGGUUGCUGCAUCGAAGCUACGAGGAAUUCAGGGAAAGACAGAAGAUUCACGAGGACUCUGGCAACCAUUCACUGCCCUUCUCGGUGACGCACCAGGUGUUGAUGUGAAGAAGAAAGUCAUCUUGACUCUUUCAUCAGACAAGGGGUUGUGCGGUGGAAUCAACUCCACUUCAGUGAAGUUCAGCAAGGCUCUUAUGAGAUUGACAGCUGCCAGUGGUCCGGAUAAGGAAGCCUCGUACAUUGUCAUUGGUGAGAAGGGAAAGGCACAAUUGCAGCGUGACUCAAGGAAAAACAUCAAGAUGUUUAUCACUGAGACGCAGAAGUUGCCUAUCAAUUUUUCCCUGGCAUCCACGCUCACAGAUGAAAUUUUGAGGACGGUUCAGUUCGACGCUAUUCACUUGGUCUUCAACAAGUUCCAGACUGUGGUUUCUUACUUGCCAACUGUUGCAACUAUCUUGUCUCCAGAGACAAUGGCCAACGGUGUAGAGACAGGAAAAAUGAGUGACUUGAGCAAUUAUGAAAUCGAAGGUUCCGAAACGCAAGCUGAAGUUUUGCAGAAUUUGAGCGAGUUCCAGUUUGCCUCGGUUUUGUACAACGCAAUGUUGGAAAACGCUUGCAGUGAGAUGGGAGCCCGUAUGUCUGCCAUGGACAACUCAGCCAAGAAUGCUAGUGACAUGUUGGACCGCCUGACGCUCAGCUACAACAGAUCACGACAAGCACAAAUUACCACGGAACUUAUCGAGAUUAUUUCUGGAGCGGCUGCUUUGGAAGCAUCUUAAGCCAAAACAAAUUUAUGGCUUGCUUACGAUUAGAUGUUAACAUUUUUCUGACUCGAUUUGAUGAGGCCAUGAGUUUCGUGGCAAGAGAACCCGAGGAGGCUCAUUUGUGGACUCACAUACGUUCACCGUGCGACCUUGCAGCUCAAGGUGUUUGAGUUGGUCCAGAAUAAUUGAUGGUCAACUUCGCCUCCACUCAAGACAUUGUACUUGUGCACAACGUACGCAUGGUUCUUUAGCACAAAAAGACAUCCCGAAGUUCUAUAUCUGGAUAUUUCACCUUUAAGUGGUGUAUGAGUUUUGAAUUGCACAUAGAGAGAAAACGGUGCUGUACGAUCCAUUUCUUAAAGGUCUGGGACCCUUGCUCUUGUCGCUUAAUGAUAAGGAAGUAAGCUCACUAUUCAAGUUUUGGGGGAGCUUCAAGCCAUAGGUCAAUAUCAAAUUGAGUUAGGAGUCUUUUUUUUCUGUUCAAAAUGGAAUGGAUCACUGAAUAAAGACACCUUCCUCUUU